AUGCACGCUGAAACGACAUCAAGCAACGCCACCGUGGAAGAGUAUGGACUGUUUGGCCUGGCGACGUUGCCUCUUAUGGAGCAAGUACAUCGCUUGCUGCAUGCGAUUGCGAUGAAGUACCCGUACAAAGAAACUACGUCUUGGAAAACCCUUCCCAUGGACAACAAGCGUCGGAUUCUGCAAUAUAUCAAAGACAACAAACCAAAGACUGGUGGACAGGCUGCUCUUCAACCGAGUGCACAGCCUCCGCGCGACACGACGCAAGACGACGACUAUGACAACGAGGACGAGGACAAGGCUGGAUCGGCACCAUCGUCCAUAUUGGACGAACGUGACGAGUCCCAACCCCCCAACGCAACGCUCACAAUCAAACCACCUACGGCAUUAUCGGAUCCGUACUUGGCUACCCUUCGAACCCAGGUGAACCAGCCUGGGGGGUCCCCCAAGUACCAAAUGACGUGGAAGGUCAAGCACGUUCCAAAGCCGCUGACGUUCAAGUGCGCAUGUGGGGCAGUGCAUCGAACUGCCACGGACAACUCGGUGCUGGACGAGGUCCGGGUCAUGAUGACGACGUUUGGGGACGUGGAUACGCCGUGCAAUGCGACGGCGCUGCUUGUCCAGUCGAUUGUACAAGGGCAAGUGAAAGCCACGCUCCAAAGCUCUUCGUUGAAGCAAUACUCCCUCUUGGCACGAAUCCACAUGCUUGUUGACUUUACCCACCUGUUUCAGGAUGAAGCCAUGUACUAUGGGCGGUGGAAAGACUUCAAAUCGCACACAAAGGACGGCGACGAAGGCGGGCCGGACGACGUCGAGCUGUCGGAUGACCUCGUGGACGAGCUCGACAUGUUUGCAUCGUACGAGAGCAUGGAGUUGAAUGCGUUUCAGCUGUACUUUUUGGAGCGGAUGAAGUUUGCCGACAAACGAACCCAAGACAUGGAUACGUCGACAUAUUUGGAUUUCUCCAAGUAA